CGAGCGGUGUGAGCGCAGAACUGCAGGGAUCUAUCCUGAGAAAACACAAGAGAUCAUCCUCAUCCCCCUCCUGCGGUGCUUGGUGGAGAGGAGUGUACAUGUUCAGUGCUGGAGAGAGUCCUCACCGAGGUGAUCUGACACACCGAGGAGGAGCUGCAGUCAAUGAGGGAGCAAACCGACAAGUGAAGCAGUGUGUGUGUGUGUGUGCAGUCCAAAACACCCUCUAAACGCGAGGGUGGCGAGGAGAGAGCAAAAUAAGAGAUAAAUCCCUCCCUGCUCUGACAAGGAAGAUAAGAUCGCCUGGUGCAUCGCAAAGAUGGGGAACCGGGGAAUGGAGGAUUUGAUUCCUUUGGUGAACCGCAUGCAGGAUGCCUUCUCCGCCAUCGGUCAAAACGCAAACCUCGACCUGCCCCAGAUCGCCGUGGUGGGCGGCCAGAGCGCCGGGAAGAGCUCGGUGCUGGAGAACUUCGUCGGGAAGGAUUUCCUCCCCCGCGGUUCUGGCAUUGUGACUCGUCGUCCUCUGGUUCUGCAGCUGAUGAACUGUCCCACAGAAUAUGCUGAGUUCCUCCACUGUAAGGGCAAAAAAUUCACAGAUUUUGAUGAAGUCCGGCAGGAGAUUGAGGCUGAGACUGACCGCAUCACUGGAGCCAACAAGGGCAUCUCCCCUGUGCCCAUCAACCUGCGUGUCUAUUCCCCUCAUGUGCUGAACCUGACCCUGGUCGAUCUGCCGGGGAUGACCAAGGUGCCGGUGGGCGACCAACCUGCAGAUAUCGAAUCCCAGAUCAGAGAUAUGCUGAUGCAGUUUGUCACCAAGGAGAACUGCCUGAUGCUGGCCGUCUCCCCAGCCAACUCUGAUCUGGCCAACUCUGACGCUUUAAAGAUUGCCAAAGAGGUCGACCCUCAGGGUAUGAGGACCAUCGGUGUCAUCACCAAGCUGGACCUGAUGGACGAAGGGACGGAUGCUAAGGAAAUCUUGGAGAAUAAACUGCUUCCACUUAGGAGGGGCUACAUCGGUGUGGUCAACAGGAGCCAAAAGGACAUUGAUGGCAAGAAGGACAUCAAUGCUGCUAUGGCUGCUGAGAGGAAGUUCUUUCUCUCCCACCCUGCGUAUCGACACCUGGCCGACCGUAUGGGCACCCCCUACCUCCAGAAAAUCCUCAAUCAGCAACUGACCAACCACAUCCGGGACACCCUGCCGGGGCUGCGGGCCAAGCUGCAGAGUCAGCUUCUGUCCAUAGAGAAGGAGGUGGAGGAGUACAAGAACUUCAGACCUGAUGAUCCAUCUCGCAAGACCAAGGCUCUGCUCCAGAUGGUGCAGCAGUUCUCUGUGGACUUUGAUAAGUGUAUAGAGGGCUCUGGGGACCAGAUUGACACAGCCGAGCUGUCAGGUGGUGCCAGAAUUAAUCGUAUCUUCCACGAACGCUUCCCCUUUGAACUGGUCAAGAUGGAGUUUGAUGAGAAAGAGCUCCGCAAGGAGAUCAGCUACGCCAUCAAGAACAUCCAUGGAAUCAGGACGGGGCUCUUCACCCCUGACCUGGCCUUUGAGGCCAUAGUGAAAAAGCAGAUCCAAAAGCUGAAGGAGCCCACACUGAAGUGUAUAGAUAUGGUUGUGAGCGAACUCACCUCCACCAUACAAAAGUGUAGUCAAAAGCUGGCUCAGUAUCCUAUGUUGAGAGAGGAGAUGGAGAGAAUCGUCACCCAACACAUCAGGGACCGAGAGAACCGCACUAAGGAUCAGGUGUUGCUGUUGAUAGAUAUUGAGUUGUCCUACAUGAACACCAACCAUGAGGACUUUAUUGGAUUUGCCAACGCUCAACAGAGGAUCAACCAAAUGAGCAAGAAGAAAGCAGCUGGCAACCAGGAUGAGAUCAUGGUGAUAAGGAAGGGCUGGCUGACCAUCAACAACAUCGGCAUCAUGAAGGGCGGCGCAAAGGAAUACUGGUUCGUCCUUACCGCCGAGUCCCUGUCCUGGUAUAAGGAUGAUGAGGAGAAGGAGAAGAAGUACAUGCUGCAGGUGGACAACCUGAAGCUGCGCGAUGUGGAGAAAGGCUUCAUGUCCAGCAAGCACAUCUUCGCCCUCUUCAACACAGAGCAGAGGAACGUGUACAAGGACUACCGUCAGCUGGAACUGGCCUGUGAGAGUCAGGAAGAUGUUGAUGCUUGGAAAGCCUCCUUCCUCAGAGCCGGAGUUUAUCCUGAGCGGGUUACGGAGAAGGAAGGAAAGAGCGACGGCGGUGAUGAAAACGGCUCCGACAACUUAAUGCACAGCAUGGACCCUCAGCUGGAGCGGCAGGUGGAGACCAUUCGUAACCUGGUUGACUCCUACAUGGCCAUCGUCAACAAGACCGUCCGCGACUUGAUGCCGAAGACCAUCAUGCACCUCAUGAUUAACAAUACUAAGGAGUUCAUCAAUGCAGAGCUGCUGGCUCAGCUGUACUCAUGUGGCGACCAGAACACGCUGAUGGAGGAGUCUCAGGAGCAGGCUCAGCACCGUGACGAGAUGCUGCGAAUGUACUACGCGCUACGGGAGGCCCUCAGCAUCAUCGGUGACAUCAGCACAUCCACUAUAAGCACUGCGAUGCCACCUCCUGUGGAUGACUCCUGGCUGCAGGUGCAGCGGGGCGGCUCUGGAGGAAGGUCUCCAGCCACCAGUCCCACUCCAAACCGCAGAGCUCCACCUGGACCUCCGGCCCGCCCAGGCUCUCGUGGGCCUCCACCUGGACCUCCCCCAGCUGGAGGACCCCCCGUCCCGUCUCGCCCGGGCGCUUCUCCGGACCCCUACAGUGGGCCGCCACCCACCGUGCCCUCCCGGCCUAACCGUGCGCCCCCAAGUGUGCCAAGCCGGAGACCCCCACCUUCUCCAACCCACUAGACCUCUGAGCUCCUCCCUCCCCUCCUCCAUCCAUCCGUCCAUCCGUCCCUCCUCUGGAUGAGAGGCCAUGGACAACAGUGCUGCCUUCCUGUUGUUUUUCUGACACACCUGACCUGAGCUGGCUCCCAACCGUCCUGCUCCCUUACAGCAAGCCAUGUUGCUCUUUCUCUCCUACGCCCCCCCCCACCACCCCACCCCACCCCAACACACACACACACACACAUAUGCCUCUGUUUCACACAGAGAUGCAGAAUACUUGAAACACACCUGCAUGAAUGAACACGCUGCAACCCUCAGAAUUUAGAUGAACCAUGUAGAGAAUAAGAGAAACCAAUCUGUGUGUGUAUGCACUCAUGUGCAUGCAUACUUGCUUACAGAAGUACAAACAUAUAGAUAUAUACAAGUACAAAUACAUAGAGAAUACUUUACCUGCUAUUAAACUUAAGGUGGGAGACAAAUUUAGCAUGACACUUCACACCCGUGUAUUACUUUGUACUCAGAUAUUUCUAAAUGGUAUUCUGGCUGCUGACUGACCUAUUUUUUCUGUAUUAACAUUUGUUUUAUCUUGUGUGUGUGGUUUUUUUUUGCUGAUUUAUUUAUUUAUUUGCUUUUUUUAUAUAAAAGAACACUUUGCCAAAAACUGUUAAAAUUGCUUAUUUUCCUCAGAGGAUUUCAGGCCAUGAGGUGAUAUAUCUGUGAGGUCUCCCCCCUUUUCACUUGUCAUUGAACAGCUGGCCAAAUAGGGGUGAGCCCCCCUGCCACCAUUUGAGUCUUAGAGGAACCCCCCCCCCAUUUUACCCCCACUCUUGUAAAACUCACCCUGGUUUUUCAUCAACUAUGAAACUUACUGCAACAUCCGUCACUCAUGUGUUCACACGAGGGAGGACGGCUUUAAACUGGGGGGUACCUGGACACACAGGGUCUGCUGCUCUUCAUCCUUUCUUUCCCUCCCCUUUCUGAUCUUGCACUUGGACUGGAGGAGCGAUCACCUGAGAGGACCUUCUGGACUUUUAUGCCUGUUGUAGACUCCAGAAGGCCUCACUGUCACCUGUGAUAUGUCUUUCUUGUGUAACUCAGUGGACAGCCAGAUAGUUCGCUGUAAUCAUCUCAAAAACACUGUUGUCUGUGCCUCCACAGAGCCUAUGCAACAAAUAACAUGGCUUCCCCAACCUUUUCCCGCUUCUCUCCUCUUCACAAAAACGUUACUGCAGUGUCUUAUCGAGGCAGGGUGUAAAUAGGCUGCAUGACACCAGUCACACAAGAAUCGGAGAAUAAUUUUUAAAUUAUUAGAGAGCUCCUUGUAUGUCCUUUUUAAACGGAGAAAAUGAGGUCCCUAAUGGGAAAGGUUUUAAAUGUUUGGAAUGUGUUUCUUAGUCAGCAUUGGUCACAUUAUGCAUCAAAGCUUCUGAUACACUGACAGGAGAACUUUGAGCAUUUUGUCCAGAUUUAUGCUCUGCUAUUCAUUGUUUUUUUUUCCUCUUUUUUUUUCCUUUUCUUUUCUUUCCUCUCUCAGUGGUCACGGGGGUGAGUGAGAACACGAAAACAGCCACAGUCUAUGCAUAAAACUAUCAAACUCUCCUCCCGUCCCAGCUUCACAUCACUGUCUUGAGAGUUCAACCCAUCUUUUUGUUGCUGAACUCCGCCGUGAGUGUGUCGCAUUUUCACCCCAAACAAGCGCUAAACCAACCCACCAGCCACGAAAACCCACCUCUGUACCUCAAACUGAUGUCAUAUGCGUCAUUUAAAAACCCUCUGAAACUCUUCAGCGACCCCCUUUGUGCAUCUUGGUAUUCCAUGUAAACACACACUCAAAAAGCAUAUUCUACUUAUUAUUUAACAGUAAACAGUUUAUAAUGGACAUAUCUUAAUGUGUUAUUAUGUAUAUGUGUGGUGCAUCUUAUGGGACCUGUACUUCCACUGUCUAGAGAUUUUAGUCUGCAGUGUAUGAAAUUUCUGAAUAUUUAAAUUAUUAUGAAUAAAUGAGUAUGUGUAUAAGGAAAUAAUCUAUGAAAAACGUAUAAAAAAUGUGUAAUUAAGUGAUGUUUCUGGACACUGGCAGGUUGUUUGAUACUUUAGCUCGUAGCAGAGAGGGUGUUUUUGUUUUCCUUGUCUCUCUCCUGUGUGAGUAGAAGAGCAGGGAGGGACCGCGUGAAUAUGUGAAGUCCUGCAUCUCGCUCAAAACUGCUGUGCGUGGAACGAUGACUUUAACCUGCAGGACUGCUGUGCUCUGUCAACACAUUAAAGACCUCAGUGU